AUAGAAGUAUAAAUUGAAACCAUAUCACAAAGUACUUUAUUAUUGAACCAUAUCUAUUUCAUUGUUAGCGAUUUGCAGAUAAUAUGCCAUCAAGUUUAGUUGAUUUGCGACCCAAUCGGCGUCUUUUGGACCAUGAUUUUGAAGGGUACAAGUUAAAUCUCCAAGCUCUUCCUCACUUUAAGUUUGAUCUUGUCUCACCGGUUGAUCGUUUAUUUCCUGAUGAGGUGCAAUUCUCCUUUAUCCAUGCGAAACUGUUUGCACUGCAUAAUCACUUGGUCAUGGACUACUGGGACUACUCUUAUAACUUCUAUUAUAUAGACAAAAAGCAACAAGUACGGCAAAUUUCAUUUGAGAAUACUACUAAUUCAUUUGAAAACAAUGUUGUGUAUGAUGUACCAGCUUAUGUUGAAAGGAAAUCAGGCCAUUUUGAUCUUUGUCUUUCAUUCCCUUCCCAAAGUGUAGCUGUUGUAAGUGAUGGUACUGGUUAUCUUCAUAUUGUUGAUACAGGUGUAAGAAAUUGCAGAAACAGAUUAUGGCAAACGCAGCACUCAACAUUGGUACUUGGGGAAAGUAAAUUCUUCAUUAUUAUUGAUUCUAGAAUACAAGAGAAAAGUAAUAAAGAAAUACUUCAUUGCUUAAUUCAGUCUGUAGAACAGAAGGAAACGCAUUUCAAUUCAGUUCUAUCCUUGGUUACUUUUGAAAAUGAUAACAAUUCUUGGAAACAAAUAAGUAUAAAACAAAUGGAAGGCAAAGGGAUUGUUCACUAUGCAGCAAUUGAAAGCAGCUGUGAAGCAGCAUAUAUUGCAUCAGACAAUAUCUUUAAAUUCACAUAUGAUUCUGAAAAUGAAAUAAUAGAAACACUGACAAAAGUGCCACAAAAACUAAUUUACACUUGGAUGCAGACAUCGGAGGAUAUUUCAAUCACUUUAAAACUGGAUUCAGGAUGUAACAAAAAUCUCAUGCAUGUCAAUGUUAUGCCACUCCAUAUUAAAGUAAGUUAUGGAGGUAAUACUUUUAUAGAUGGUAAACUCAAGCAUAAAAUUGAUAGUGAACUAACAACAUGGAAUAUUCAAGAUAAUGGGCAAGUAGACAUACUCUUGACAAAAUCAGAAAGUAGUCUUUGGGAUGAAUUUUUAGAAGGUGGUGAUAAUAAUGGUGAGCAAAUAAUGGAUGCGAGUCUUGUGGAAGAAGUUCAUUGGAGACUCUCACAUCUGUGUUCAGAAACAGAAGUGUCAUCAGAUCAGUCUGUGCCUGGCUUCUCUACACAAGAGCUAGAAGAAUGUGAUGCAGCAUCAGAAGAAGAUACAGUACUAGUGAGACUCGACACAACAACUCACUGUGUAACACACAGAGUGCCGCUAAGUGUGCACCAAUACUUGUUCAGUUUAAAAUUGGACAUCCACGAGGUGCCUGCAAUAGGUCUACGUCAUGAUGUAGACGCUUGCAUCUGGCAGCCAUAUGCAAAAUUAAUAAAUUCAGAUACAUGGCCUUUAAAACACCAAGGUACCUUGAUGGCUUUUGGAUAUGUGCAAUCAUCAAAACAAAAUCGAAAAUUUAUUACAUGUCCACCUAAUUUCUCAUACAGUGUAGUGUGUGAAGCAACAAAGCAUCUGUUUAUUUAUCAAAGUUCUAUAAACCCAGACUGCCAGCUUAGAAAGAAAACUGCUGGAGUUAUGCAAAAUGUAAAAGUUGGUCAACAACAUGUGUUUAAUUUUGACAAGUAUGGAGAAAUUAUUGGCAUUAAUGCUACAAAUGAAUACUUGUUUUUAUUAACAGAAAAUUCAUUAAUUGCAAUACAAAUUUUAUAAAAAUACACAAUAUAUAAAGGGACUU